AUGGCUCUGUCCUGCGCCUUGAGGCUGCCGUGCUGGCACGUUCGCCCUUCGAGUGUUCUCCUGAGCACUCUGCCGGGUCGGUACCGCAGCCUGCUGACGGCGAAGAAGACGGUAGGAAAGCGGAAGGAAAAGAAGACGGCUAGAGAGGGCAGCAGCCUGCCGGGCGCCUUCUGGGAGGAGAGGUUGGCAAAUGCAGCGACUCCACUGUGGAGACUUCUCUGUCAAGAGCAGCUGCAGGUGAAGUAUGAAAGCCAGAGGAAGAUUUUGCAGACACUGACAUCUCGUCUUGAGGAGCUGGGCAUAGAUGCACAGAAACCUGAUGGACUCUGCUGUCCUCUUCAGCCUGUAGUCCCUUCACCCAUCAUCAAUGGCUACUGAAAUAAAUCCACUUGCUCUGUGAACCGAGGACCGGAUGGGAACCCCAAAACCGUGGGGUUGUAUGUGGGAACUGGCAGAGCAAGAAAUAUUGUCUGUGUGAAAGCUGACCACAUGGAGAACAUACCGCCAAAACACAAACAAGUAGCCCAGUGCUAUGAGGAGUUCAUCCGUUGCUCCCCCCUGGACCCCUGCAUCCUCUUCCACGAAGGUGGACACUGGCGGGAGCUCGUGGUACGCACCACCAGCUGUGGCCACACUAUGGCUAUCAUCACCUUCCACCCCCAGGAGCUGGGCCAGGAGGCACUGGCUACUCAGAAAGCAUUGCUUAAGGAGUUCUUCACAUGUGGACCUGGAACAGCCUGUGCCUUGACUUCACUUUAUUUCCAAGAGAGCACCAUGACACGCUGCUCGCACGAGCAGUCCCCCUUCCAACUACUGCAUGGAGAACCACACAUAUUUGAAGAAAUGCUUGGCCUGAAGUUUCGCAUCUCUCCAGAUGCCUUUUUCCAAGUAAACACAGGUGGAGCAGAAGUUCUGUACCAGGCAGUCGCGGAGCUGAGUCAGGCUGGGGGGGACACUGUCCUCCUCGACAUCUGCUGUGGAACAGGCACAAUUGGUCUCUCUCUGGCUCACCAAGUGUCCAAGAUUAUUGGUAUUGAGGUGGUGGAGAAGGCAAUAGAGGAUGCCAGGUGGAAUGCAGCAUUCAAUGGAAUCUCAAACUGUGAGUUUCACAGUGGAAAGGCAGAGGCUGUGCUACCACAACUCCUGUUGUCAUGGGACAAUACCCGACCCGUUGUUGCUGUGGUGAACCCAUCUCGGGCUGGGCUCCAUUACAGGGUUGUGCGAGCCAUCCGAAACUGCAAGUCCAUCCAAAGGCUGCUCUACAUUUCCUGCAAGCCAGAGGGUGAAGCCAUGAGGAACUUCCUUGA